GCUGAACUGUCACAACUCUGCGCAUGCGCGGUGCGACGAGGGGCAUUUCCAACAGUGGAGGAGGCGUAGUUAGCCGCAGCUAGCAGGUGCUAAAGCUUGAGGACGGCUCAGAAAAAUAAUCCCUCCACCACGUAAGUGUCUUCAUGAUGAGCGACCUUCAACACUGCACACGCUCAUACCGAGGAACGGAAUAAGUUCAACUGCAGACACAGACAAUCGGCCUGUUUGACUGGAGAGGAGUCAGACUAUGAGCCGGUACCAGAGAUGCCUGUAAGAAGGCAUCCCUAUAGGCUGCAGCCUAGCUACGCCAACUGAACCCUGUUUAAAGGAUGUGCUGCUGAUCGGACGUGUCGUUCCUCUUCCACCUCUUCAAAACGUUAUUCACGUUGAGUGUGAGCCCGUGUGUGGGGUGAAUAAUGGUGGCAAAAAAUGGUGCCUGAGCGUCGCGUCCUGGUGCAGUGUGUGCCAAAAGGGGUGAGGUUAUCUCAGAAAAGUACAACAGCUGACUGAUAGUCUGCUGCCAAUAAUGGAUGCCAAGUUAAAAGAGGACCUGUUUCGGAGGUAUGUGACGGCACUGGAGAGGCGCCUGGAGGAGGGAGGGGUAUACAAGGACAGUGAGGCCCUGCUCUCCACAGCCACAGCUCUGCUAGGGGCGUACCAGCCAGAUCCUCCACAACGUUUCCGCAUGGUGCGUUUCUAUGAGGUGGUGGAGAACUCUCUCCGCUGCCAGAGAGGGGGGAACAUCAGGAGCCUGGAGAGAGCCUUCCAUACCCUGGAAACCAUCUGCACCAACCUCUUGCUCUUCCCCUGGAAGAAGGAGUUCAGAUGUAUAAAGACCUUCACUGGCCCGUACGUGUACCAUCUGCAGUCAGCCAUUUCGGAAGCUGAGCUGCGAUCUGUAAUGCGCACCAUUGGCUACGCGUGUGACCAUGAUUCGCAGUUCCAUUUGCAGGAGCACCCAGGAGGAGCAAAUCAUCUGCGCCAGUUGGCGUUCGAGCUUUUCCUGGCCCAGGCAGAGUGUCGUCUUCUGGGAGAGGUAGUGGCCCUGGCCCGCGGUUCAGCCUCAGAGCUGGAGGCCCUGGAACUCCGCAGGGGUUGCAGAGAUGACGCAGCUGGCUGUGCCGAGGCGCUCCGCAGACGUGACAGCCUUGGGGCAGAUAUGGCUCGUCUGUCUGUGCGGCCGCUGGAUAUAGAGAGGCCUCAUGCCCACCACCUGAGGCGAGGGAGCCGACCAUCUAAGUCUGUGGAUGUUACCGAUGGGGCUGGUCACUGGCAUCCAGCACUUAGCAAGCCUGUCUUAAAGGCCUCAUUGAGUCUGAGGAAGGAGACCCUGUUUGUGGAUGCAGAGGAAGAUAUGAAGGAUGAGAUCAUCAGGCCCAACACCUCAACAUCCCUCUUCUCUGUGGUAGCCCCACCUUCCUAUAGCCCUGUUGCAGAUUUCUUCCCAAUUCAGUCGCCUCCCCCGGCUGACGUUUACACAUCCUACCACCUGUCCUCUUUGGAUGAGAUUGACUUGUACACUGAGAGAGGCGGAGCUGGGACAGGAGGGAGGCAGACUCCCUCUCGAGCUCCGUCCAGAGAGCCUCGGGAUGCAAGGGACGGGUGGCUGCUCAAAGCUCAUGGUAGUGUGAAGUGUCAGGGUUGCGGCCUGGGCUGCUCAACUAUGGCUUCCUGCCAGAGGUGUGACAUGAUCCUCUGUCCUGCCUGUCAUGAUGUGGACCCCUCCCCUUGCUGUGGCCUCCAGGACUACCACCCCAAAUCCCCACGACCCCUUGAUGGAUACAUCCCUGUCAAGGAAAAGCUCUCCGUCUACUCGAACACCCACUCCCACUCCCACCUCCACCCGCACCCCCUCACACUGACUCACUCGCACUCCCACCCCCACCCCCAGAUGGUGGAAAAAACCCUCAUGUCCGCGAAGCUGUUUGCAAGCAAAUCUGUUGCCCUGACAACACCAAAGGGAGGCAGCAGUGAGCGACUAAGCUUGGGGGGAUCGCGCUGCGGGUUCUGCAACAAGCCAGGUGCCUCGCACACCUGUGUGAACUGCUCUAAGGUGUCAUGUGACUCGUGCAUGGGCUUGUAUGCAAAGGAUGUUUGCACACGAAAGAAUCCGCAGCACAGCUUUGUGCCCAACCAUCAGCUCAACUUCAAAUCUGGCACUAUAUCUCACCUGGUGUACCGAUGAAUCAGGCAGACUGAAUAUGUUCUCUCCCCUCUCGUACCUCCCUCAACCCCCCGGUGUAAUCUUGCACUACUGCUUUAGCUCUGUUACUACUUAAACAACUCACUCUCUUGCCCUUUAUCUGAUGAUCUUUUUCCUCUCUCUCUAACAUUCUCUUGAACUUUGUACAUUUUCCUCUUGCUAUCAGUCGGACCCUGGAAUGCACACGCCACAGAGAGCCAGAUCGUGUGCCCUUCUCUCUGCCUUGUACAAGUUCAGGCCUUUUUAGUCUAUUACUUCUUCUUCCUUUUCCUUGCUACCUGCUCUGGAGUAGUCAUGUGAUGUUGUAGCGCUUCCCAAAUUCCUCAAAUUUUGUCCUCCUCUAAAGGGAAACUAGAGAAAAGAAAGUUCAAUUCCUUCUCAUCUUGAAUGAAUUCCGCCCAAAUGAACAUAUUUACUUUGCCUAACUUCUCAGCUAAAAAAUUCCUCUAAUAUAUAAAUAUAUAUAUAUAUAAAUAUAUACUGUAUAUGUGUGCGUGCGUGUGUGUGGGUGCGUGUGUGUGUAGAAAAGACCUCUGAGCUUGCAUUGUGACAAAGGAGAUCUUUUUAAACUUGAAAAUAAGUAAGGAAAACAGAAAAAAUACACUGGACGUCAAUAAGUCAAUAGUAUAUAUUUUUUAUCUAUUCUGUAGAACAAUGUGAGACUGUUAUAUGGGCAUGAGGUGUGGCAUUGGGAGUUCGGGUAUAAACGUGUGUCUCUGGGGCGUGGGGUGAGAGAUAUCUCAAAGGGACAUAUUGAGAAGAUGGUCAGAUGCCAUAUAUUCUAUUUAAAAGAUUAUGCCUUGUAAAUGAACCCUCAAUUGUUGCUGGUUAUAUGACUGAGGUUGAAAUGCUGCUGUUGACUUCUUACUGGUAAAUGGCCUGUUGAGUUGUGUCCUUUCCAAGCCCAAUACCCCCCCCCCCCCCCCCCAUCCCUUUCAUUACACCUCCAUGGAACAUGUUGUAUUUCCCUCUGACCAGAUCAGUGGUUCCUGUCAGUCUCAGGCGGGGUCAAAGGAAACUCGCGCUGGACCACAAGUCAAGCGAUUGCAGUUGUAUUGAUAGCGUUUGACCCGAUUGGUCUUAGACAGUAUGUGAGUGUAACCUCUGACGCGGUUUCUGUCUACCUCAAAUGGCUACAGCGAACACACCCAGUUUGACAUUGUGGUUUCAAACUAACGCAAAAAGGCGAAGAAUUACUUAGUCUAUUACAUUAUUCUAUUCUGAUUUGCACUUUGUUUUUUGAUUGACUAGAAAAUGUCUCUUGCAAUCAACAUAUUUACCCACUUUUAAAGGUUCAGUGUGUAUAAUUUAGUGGCAUCUAGUGGUGAAGUUCACCAUCCCCUUCCAAACAUGGAAGAGAACCUGUGGUAGCCUUCAGUUGUUUAUUGUAUCCAGUUUGGACUGCUGUAAAAAAAACAUGGCGGCCUCCGUGGAGAGGAUCCUUUCCAGAUGUAAAUAUAAAGUAUUUAAAUAUAAAGGUUCCAUUCUAGUGUAGCGAAAUGAACCAUUUGUACAAUUUAGAUGAAACACACUAGUGAAAACAUAACUAGGAUUAUUUUAUACUCAAUUUCUGCCAAUAGAUCUCUUUCACCUAAAUCCUACACACUGGACCUUUACAGACCAUGUUAACAGAGGUUAUUUAUUCUCUGAGAUAAUCAGUUUCUGUAAAUACAGGGGGUUGACACAAAAACAUGAACAACUGAAAUUAUAAUUACGUGCCUUAGUUCAAUAGCGCAACAACAAACACUUCUUGAAGGGACUUUCUCAAAGGCGCUGGAGAUUUAUCCUGAUUACUGAGUUUAACUUUUCUGCAUAGUUGAUUAAAUGGCUCUGUAAUUUGUAAAUCUCAUGCAGUGUAAUACAAGAGACUAUUCACUCAAAACAUUAACACCUUGUUUAAAAUAUUUAAUCUUUUUAGCCUCCUGGAGAAUUUCCUUAAAUUGAAUUAAAUGGCUAUUGCACUAUAUUUGACAGGGAUUCAUGUUGUUGCGCCUUCCCUCCUUUACAACAUAGUGAUUUCAAGUGUGCAGUCAUUUAAGCUGUGUGGUUUAAGAAAUGUGUUAUUUGUUAUUUGCAUAUUUAAGAUCCGGAAAGCCCAAAACUAAGGCUUUUAAUCUGAUGCAUCUUUGGUUAGUGUGAGUUGUCCUCAUCACAUUAUGGCCAUUUGCUGCAGAAACAAAAUUUAACUCAUUUACUAGUAUAAGUCAAGGGCUUGUGGCUCACAGUUAAAAUAACACUAACAUUUAAAACUGUCACCAAUUAAAAGGGAAGAUUUUGUGAUCAGAUAAGGUGAAUAAUGCAGUAAAAUGCACCUGUCAGCCACCAAGGGUUAGUUUUAAAUCAUUUUGUUUCAUAAAAAACAAAAAAAACUUGACGGACUGUUUGGGCGUCGGUGGACUCUACGUUCCGUCAGUGAAACCCUCUUAAUGCCUUAAGCUCAUUCAGCUGUCGUGUCCUGUAGUAGUUUAGGUUUUUGGAGUUGUCAUUUACAUCACUCUAGUUUAGCAGCCUGUAAACAAUAACAUGGUUUUGCCAAGCUACAUGAAUUAAAGCCUGUUUUAGAACCGCGCAGGAAAGAAUAAAUACAAAAGCUAAUAAAACUUGGUCAGUAUAGAUUAUACACCAAGCAGGGUUUCUUAACCGAGCAUAUUGAACCAUAAAUAUUGUCACAAUUCUGUAUAAAUAGACAGUCUUAUGGGGGUGAAAAUCUGUAAUAGUAAUCAUGUUUUGCUGAUUGAAAUCUGAUAAAUAUUCUCUUUUUCUUUCAAAUUUGAUCUAACACAUUUGGUUUGAGGGACUAAUGCCUGAUCUUAUACUUCUGUCCAUUCCAUCCCCUUAAAAUCAUGCUGUGUCUUCAUUCUUCUAAAAAAACAUAAAGAAGGGAUGCUGCGAUACCGUUUGGAUUCAGCUUAAGGAUUCUUUGAAAGAUGUUCUCGGGUCAACAUUAGCUAACGUGGGCACCACAAAGAUCUCGAGCGACCUCGGGGAGGUUUGUUUUCAUCUAAUGAAGCCUCUCUGAAUUGUUUCAAUAUUUAUCACAGAUGUAUUUCAGUUGCUCGACUUUGUUCACCGCAAAUCAUACCAGCAGCAAAGACGACUUUUCAUGUAUUGAGCCAUGUUGCAUGAGUGAUCAUAUUGCCAAAUGAAGAACAAAUCUCCUAUCGGAGUAGGAAACAGAAUGCUGUGGCUUGGCCGGAUGUACAGUUGAUAUAAGGGAAAUCUGUGAUUUUGCUAAAGUUUAGCCUUGUGUGUGAUUUUGCUAAAGUUUAGCCUUGUGUCUGUAGAUUGGCCUAAAAGGAGAAUAAUCAACACAGAUACCUACCUGCACAUCCUGGGACGUGGCUUUGACUUGGAUUAGCGGACUGAUCAUUUGAAGAGGUCUCUACAAAGGGCUACACAGUCUCCAGGGCUGCUGCUAAGUUUAAAUCUUGAGGUGAACAACUGACUUGUCGUGGGUAAAUAACUGACGUGGAGCUCACUUUUUGUUUGUCUGUGGAGAUGAAGAACUGAUGUUGGAAGAGCAUCAAGAGCUAUUUUAUUUUGUGUCUUGGAAUACAUUGAGCCAUUUGAACACGAUCGGUUUCACCCACACUCAAGUCAUUGUGGAAGUCACUGCUCCCUUUACCUCUUUGUGUGGUUCUUACUGAUAUUGAUAGUGGUGGUGUGGUUAGGGCAGCCCCCCUUUACCAUUCCCUGUUUCCCCCCUAAACCCGUUUCUCAGCAUGCUCUGUAAAAGGCCCUACACCCCAACUCCUCUCCCUCACCCCUCCAUGUACCCUCACCCCCCCUUCCCCCUUCCACCUUGGCACUGAGGACCAUUGCACAAUGUGAAAGGGUACAGACUUUGAUAUCAAUUUGUUGGCAUAAAUGGGGGUGGAAAGGGAAAAUAGCCAAAAUUGUUAAUUGGUGAAUAUAUAUAAAUAUAUAUAUAUAGAGAAAUGUAAAUGAGAUUUUAUAAAAUAAUUUAAAGAAUAAAAUUCUAGAAAAAGAAAAUACUGCUUUCUGUCUUGGAGGUGUGGAUGUUUGAAUUUAUGUAUGUUUGUAGACUUACCUUUUGAAUGAGUUCAACUAAAGUUUAGAUUAUUUAAAUGACUACAGAAUUGUUAUUUAGAAAAGUUGCCGGUUAGAAUGACAAACUUAAAUGUGUACUAUGACAAUCUAGCACUGUUCUACAUCUAACAUCACUGAAGCCUCACAACUUUCCUGCCACUGAUCAUAACAUCAGUUGUUCCCCUUCUGUCAGCUCAGUAUUUAAAUGAUUACAAGCUUACUUCCUAAACUUUUUUUCUACUUCCUAACCCACAAACUCAGGACAUGUAAGAGCUUUGGAGUUUGCCGCCUGCACUGAUCUGCAUGGUUUGGCUUUUCCCUAUAUGACCAAUAGAUGGCGAUAAAUAUCCACAUAUACAUUGACUGAAGCUGCUUAAAAUUCACCAGUGCUGAAAAAACAUGUAAUAUGUCUGUCUCGAAGUGAGAUAUUAUUGCAUUUGCUCCUUAGGUUGGUCAACAUUAGUAAUUAAAAUCAAACAUCCUUUACUAUGGUGUUCAGAUAUAUGGGUAAGAUGGUAAACAGUUGGAUUACUGAAUAUAUGCCUAUGUUUAUGCCUCAGUGUACCUCAUUAAAAAAAGGCAACCACAGAGAAGAGGCAGCCCCAUUUUUUCUGCAUGUUUUACUCCACUGUGUCGCUUGUAUGAGGCAAAGGAGACAGAGUUGAGUAUAGAAAAGAUAAAAUGCAAAACAUGUACUGGCACAUAAUUGACAAUGAGGAUUCGCCAAAGAACAUGUUUUCUUUGCUAAAGAUGAGGAGAAGAUGUUGACAUUCCUUUUACCAAGUACAUGAAUAAAUGGAAAGACG